AUGUCAGAUUCUGAAGCUCCAAGGCGUUCUCAACGCGAGAGAAAGCGGGUCAAGCCAUUCGCAUCAAGCAGUAAAUCACCAAAGAAACGAAAGAGGACCCAAGAUGAUGGGUCCCUUAGCGAACUAACCGAACUGACAGACACUGACGGCCAGGAGCAGGGUUUUGAGGACGAGGAGCAAGAAGACGAGCCCGAUGAAGAGGAAGAUGAAGAAGAGGAAGAGGAAUUUAAGGCUCCAAAAUCAAAGAAGGGAUCAAGUAGCCCGCAGAAGGGCAAGGCAAAGGCAAAAGGGCCACCUCCUGCCAAGAAGCCACGCACAGGCAGGUCAACGGCCAAAUUUCUUGUACCUAAACCUCCAAAGAGACCCACGCAAAGGUCAAGAAAAACAAAAGCGACAAAUGACGCGUUUGAUGCAGCCAAAGUAGCCAGUGAUACCAAGAUCACAGGAGACAAUCCAUUAUUCAACGCCAUCAUGAACACAUCUGCUGCUUUACAGACGACUGCAGAGGAUUUUUUGGAAUCGCUUUCUCAGUCCCCCGGAGUCGCCCAAGCUGAGCUUAUAAAUUGUGUGUUACGCUCUUGUGGCUGCAACGACUCAGUCGACGCCGAUCAAGUGUUGGACUACGAUGGAGUAGUCGAUGCACUGGAUGAUUUUACCGAAGGCAUGAAGCAAGAAGAUUCUCCUACAUACCCGCUUACAUCGAAGCUGCCCGUAUUCAAAAAAUUUCGGAAAUCACUCUCGGAGCUGAUUGAGCGGAUAGUGUUGGCUGCGGCGGAAGUUGGGUCGUUGUACACCACAGAUUUAAUGGUGACCCUACAGACAUGGGUAGUGGCUAUGUCUUCCUCCCAGAUUCGAAGUUUCCGACAUACAGCAACGGUAAUAGCACUGGAGGUGGAGACAGCCCUUUGCGAGGUAGCGGCAUCGGUGGAGAAGGAAGCAGAAGUUGUUGGGAGACAAAGAGAGGGUGAAAGGAAGCGAAAGGCAUCGUCGAACAAGGCAGGAGCAGCAAGAGAGAAGGACCUAGAAGUCAAGGCCGCAGAAGUGCGAAAGAGACGGAAAGAUUUGGCCGAGUUCAUAAAAGAAGUUGUCGAUGGUGUAUUUGUGCAUAGGUAUCGCGACUUGGAUCCGAAUAUUCGGGCAGAAUGUGUCCGUGCCAUGGGACUUUGGUUCAGGAGAUACCCAGCCCAUUUCCUGGAUGCGUCCUACUUGCGGUAUGUUGGCUGGGUAUUGUCAGACUCCAACACACAGGUACGACUCGAAGCGGUCAAGUCGCUCACUGGAGUGUAUGAACAAGUGGACUACAUCGGUUCACUCAAUCACUUCACGGAGCGGUUCAAACCACGGUUGAUUGAGAUGGCAACGGGCGACACAGAGCUGACUGUCCGCAUAGCGGUGAUCCAAGUGCUGAGUGCGAUCGAUGGACAUGAACUACUGGAGGAUGCAGAACGAGAAAAGCUAUGCUUACUUGUGUUUGACGAAGAAGCCAAGGUCAGGAAGUCGGUCAGUGGGUUCGUGAGGGGGGUGUGGAAGGAUCUGAUACAGCAAAGGCUAGUGGGGAAAAAGCCGAGCGAUAAGGACAAGGAGCGUACAGGCAUCAGGGCCCUUGGUAUCCUACUCGUAAAAUGGAGCAAGGCCCUGGAUAAAGUCAUGGAAGGAGCAGAUGACGAGAGUGUUAGUUCUAUCGAGGGCAGAUCUACCCGGAUACGUAGCGCAAAUCCGGCUGCACAUUUUAUUGACGCAAAUCAAAAAGGACGCACAGCUCUUGCUGUCGAGGCUCUGUGGGACGAAGUCGAAGCUGUCAACGACUGGGAGGCAUUGCUAGACGUAUUGCUUCUGGACCACUCUGCUAACGAUGAUGAGAGCUUGGAUGGCAGUCCUUCGCUACUCAGCCCAACAAAACAGAACUCAAUAGACGAUGUUUGGCGCUUGCAGGAAGUCGAGGAAUCUGUUUUGUUGGAAGUAUUAGUGGCUACUCUUCGACGAGCAAAGAUACCGUCAGCUGGCUCGAAAAAGGGUGCCGAAGAAACCAUAAUCUCGGAUAUCACUCGUGCUUUGAUUAAAGGGCUACCGCGAUUAUUUAUUAAAUACCAAACUGACGAAAGCCGUAUUUUGGAAGUUCUAUCUAUCCCCCUGCUCAUGAAUCUCGAUAUGUAUCUAGAAAUGCGAAUGAUCAACGCUUAUGCAAAUCUCUGGGACGAUGUUAUGAAGCAAUUUUUGUCGCACUCAUCUAUGAACGUGCUUCUUAACGCCGCUGCCGCCGUACGCCACUUCAUGGAUGCUACCAGUCUGUCAAAUACCAAUAGCACGAAAGUUCUUGAGUUGGAGGAUGAACUCUCAGUGCAGUUACGAGAUGCUGUCGCUGGACGACAGGAAAUAGAAGUCGCUUCUUUUUCAGAAGACGAAGUAUUGGCGCUUGGUGCAGUAUGUGCUCGUCUGAGCGUUUUGAUAGGCUCUCGGGACAUGACUACUUGGAUGGAAGAAGACGAAGGUGGUAAGCAGAGCAGCGCCUGGGAUAUCAUUAGUGCGCUUGUUGAGCGAGGAAGGUUCGGUUACAAGGAGGAAGAAAAGAUGGUCGAACACGCCCUCCAUUUGCUUGGUGUCCAUAUUAUAUGGAAAACACGGAGCCUGACCAAUAUUGCAGACCCAUCCCCAGACGAGAUUCGUUUUAAAGAGACAUUACAGGAGCAGCGCGAUUCGCUUGUCGAAAAACUGGUCGAGUAUGCGGUGGGCACUCAAUCAAAUACAGCCGAUGGAGUAAAGAGAGCGGCCUUCCAAAAUCUCAUGAACCUGCACAUCCUGUUUUGCCCCACUCAAGCUAUUACAGCAGAUGGACAGCCGCUACCCACGGCGUCUUUAGCGAUGGAACUCGAUGAUGAGGUGCAGUAUCGUUGCGCAGGAUAUAUUCAGUCUGAAAUCGAGCAAUAUUCCGAACAAUUUGAUGAUGCUGGUCCUGCUAUCGCCGAUGAUAGCGAAAGCAACAGGAGUGAUAGCUCUGAUGACGAAGGUGUUACAGUCAAGAAAACGGCGAAAAGCAAAGGCUCCAAGACUACUAAGCGUGCAGUUGACAAAGACCAAUUCACUUCUCGUUCCCACCUCCAACAGGAAUAUGUGUUCAUGGAGACUAUAUCGACAUUCCUGCGCGCCAUACGUGCAGGUGCUGUGCAUGUCAAGCACAGCUCAGUUCUGCUUGCGCAUCAUGGGCGAUUAGGACCAAUCUUCGAUCUUUGCUGUAAAAUCAUCGUCGAUGUUCUGCGUGAGGAAGGCAUGUACCAAGAGAAUGGUGAUAUCGUUGUUGCUGUGAUCACCCAAGCGCUACGAGAGUCCUUCACCUUGGUACUCGAUGGAGUCGUUCAAGGAGAAGAACACUCGGUUUCUCUGGCGAAGCAACUUGCUUCGAGUUUUAUCAUUCGCGGCGCCCAGCUUUCGGUCGUUCGGAGGCUUGACAGCAAGUUCGUUGUUCAAAUUCACACAAAUUUGCUUACCUGGAUAGUCAAGCGUUUGACGACAUACGAGACUAACAAGAACAAGAAAUCUCGAAAUCUCGCGAUCCUCUUCUUUAGAGUGAUGUUGCCACUCUUAACUAGCGUAGAGAGCAGGGAUGCCUUGAAAAUAAAGGCACAUAUGGAUCAAGUAGUAGCUCAAAGCAAAAUCGAGAUACCACCUACUUCUAAAGCCUGGGAGCCUCAGCGAGCCUAUGAAAAAAGACUCACUUCAAUCAUGUCUAAGGACAAAGCUGGAACCAAGGGACGCAAAGGAAAAGGGAUGAAGAGCGCCGCUUUGGUGACAAGUGAUGAAGAGGGUGAAAGUGAUGGGGAAGCAUUGGGCGUUCAGUCAGAAACGGAAGCACCUCCUCGUCCACAGCCCAAAGCACGGCCUAUACCUCGCCCAUCUGCACCAUCCGCACAAUCGCCUCCUCCGUCAGGUGCACACGAUGUACAGGAUCCCAAUGAUUUCCAAACUCCUACCAAUCGGCCACGCCCUCGUGUGGUAUACGGUUCUAAAUCACCUGUGAAAACACCAACUCAAGCCACAUUUCAAGACCCCGGACUGCUGGCCAAUGGCUCUGCAGCAAAGUCUUCUCGAAAACGACGAAGGUCAGAGGCACACCAAGAUAGCGACUUGACUGACGAUGAUGGUGAGGGCGAGGAGGAGGGAGAUAAUGUUCCGGGUGAUCCAUCGCCCAAUGUGCUACCCUCACCGCAGGCAACACCAUUAAGCGAGGUCGUGAUGAGACGUAAACGAGCUCGCCACUAACAUGUUCAGUAUUUCCCUCCUUUUGUUUCUUUCUUGUGCUUUGCAUAUUGCUGUGGCUUAUUCAGUUCCGAAGAAUAUUUGUACUAGAGCAUCUGUAAUAACGACAAUAUAUAUAUGACAGGACUUGGUUCUGCAAUUUGUAUUGCGAAAACCAGUAUACAACCAGAGUUGUAUCACAGGAUGAGGGGAGAGAUGCGAACGAAUGGUAUAAAUAAAUAAGUGAAGGUCCGUCGUAAAAUCGGGUCAUCAGUCACGGAUCAUAUCCAAUGUGGCAAGCAUGGCUUUACGGUCGUCAGUGAUCACGCUGGGGAAUAGUCGUGAUCGUCUAUUGCCAAGAAGAGAAGGCGAGCGAAUAGGACCAGCACUCAUAUCUGACAUAGGUCUCUGAUUGAGUGAUGUGUGUUUUGGGCUACCAGGGCCAGACAACGAUCGAGGCCUUGAUCGACUAUCGUUUUUGGUGUCGUUUAUCGUUAUACCGAGCAUGUCGUAAAGUUCCUUUUGGGCUUGAGCGAGAGCUCUAGCGUCUGAGGAAGAAGUAUUGAAACCAGGGGAGAGCUCCGGCUUGGUAAGCCCGAAGUAUCAAUACCAAGCGGAGUAUUACGGGGUAUGGGAGGUACAGGUGGAAUAUCUUGGGUAGAAAAGGUAGAUUUAGCAGCGGACGACGAAGCCAUGCUGAGGCUAGCUCGCUGGCUGCCUACAGAUGAUCGUUGACUGCGCUGCGUACUUGCAGAACGAAGACCUGCUUUAGAAAUCCGGAUACUAGAUUUUCGCACCGCCAUGAUCCUACUCGAACGUCGGCUGUUCGACAACUUGAUUGGUGGAGCAGGUUGCUCAGAGUUGGCAGUAUCGAGCAUAGCAUCGUUUAGAUUAUCAAAAUCCUGCGCGACGUCCUGUGCUUGCUUCCAAGCCUCAUCUCUUUCGGCCUCCAAAGAACUAAUUUGCUGUCUCAACAUGUUAGUUUCUGCCACCUGCUUGAGGAAACUCGUGUUCAACUUUCGCAAUGCCAUUGAUAGGGCACUGGCUGAGUGCACGUCCCGCAAACUCUUUAAUUGAGAAAGCUGAUCUGUGACGCUAUGAAGUUCAUCAGCGAGUUGAUCAAGAGUCAUGGAAACCUCAGACAACUCCUCCAUGGUCCGGAUGGCGGUGGGCGUAUCGGUAAGCUCUGCACCUUCGACGUGUCCGGCCAACGAUCCCAUCAAAGUCCAUCGUUUCCGUGUCAAGAAUUUGUAGCGCGUCUUGAUAUCCAUCCGUAACAUCUC